AUGGAGCAACAAGAAGAGGAACACCACAGGGCGCCCCCCCCGAAUGCCCCGUCCCUAGCGAGAGCCACAAACGGCAGCAGCGAGCGUAAGACAUCGCAGAGUAGCAGCCAUGCAACACAAGACGCUGAUCCACCGAGGAAGCGCCGCCUGUUGUUUCCCAAGGCUCGACCCAAGAAGAUGCAGGAGUUCCUUGGACGAAGGCUGGAUACCUUUGCAGACUCUGGGGAAGGCCGUCAAGACGCCACUCCAGAGGAGCACACUACGACGUCCAGCGGCAUUGACGGCCUAGUGUGCAGCGGUGCUUCUUUUGAGGAAGCCAUGGCAGCAGCUGGUGUACUGGGCGACGUCCAUCAGCCCCAGUCGCAGAAUUCUAGCGGGUUGUCGUGUGACGCAAAGGCGAUCGCGAAGGGGAUAGCUGUAGAUGAGCAGAAGCUGAAGGAUGCACCAGCGAAAGCCGAUCCCCCGACGUCUACGGGAGAAUCCGCGAGUUUUGCAAGGGGCCCCCAGGAUUUUGGCUCGCUUUCAUCGUCAUCGCAAGGCGGGAGCGGCGCCUCUUCAGGCAGUAGACGAGCAGUUUCGUCCAUUCCGCCUCCGAUCUCAACCUCGUCUAGCCUUCUGGAUUCGUCGUGCCUGGGAGUUCAGCGUCUGACUCUGCAGUCUCCUACUGCGGACCAACCCGCCGCUAACAAUGAGGCUGUUGGCUUGCCAGGGGGAAGAAGCCCUCCGGAGAAGAGGCCUUCUUCUGGACCCUGUGAUUUUGCUGAAGAAGAAGAUGCUCUUCACGGAAUGGAAGCGCUUGGUGACGGUGGCUUGGGUCCCCUGCAGAAGACUGAGGAUUUCUCAGAAAUUCCUCUCGCAACGCGUCUGCAGGCCAAAGCCAUAAAGCAGAGAGUGCAUGGCUGCGACGAGGUGGUGAUGCGUCUGGGAAGCUGCAGCAGCUGCAGGGAGAGGAUCCAGCUGUGGGACGCGCUUGUCAAGCCACAUUUGAGCGGCAUUCUCAAAGAUACAAAUGCUCUGGUCGGCUCGAAGGCUUUAGAAAUGCUACAAGCUCUUAUCAAGGCGGACGAUCCCUCCGCUGGAGACACGCUCUUUCCAGCUGCUGCUGCGUUGCCCCUCUUGCAGCAAAGCGGGAAGCUCAUGAUUUGUCAGCUCCUUUCAAAUCCAAGACAUUUCUCCACUUGUUCCGAACUGCUGCUGAGACUGAGCCAAGCUUCGGCGGAGUGCGCGGCUGAGACAGUUGCCCUCGUUGCCGCUGCUAUUCAACAGCUACUGGAGGAAAAGAAGGGAAAUGUGGCGGCAGUCAAGGGCCAAGGUGUUCGCGUGGUGGGAAGCUGUGUGGAACUGCUGCUUAAGAUGCUGCAAGCCUUCGGACUGCAGCUCAUGGUGGCUGUGGGGGGCAUCCAGAGGUUGAUUCAUCCCUUGUCUUCGUUCGCUGCAUGCAGCGAUAAGAGAGUUCGCACAGCCCUCGCUUCUCUAGCAGCAACCGCCCUGUAUUUCACCCGGAUGACAGCAGGCGACGCCGCAGCAGCGGCUGCCAAAAAGGUGGCACUGGACUGUCUGAAGGGCAGCAAGGCUAUGCAGUCUGACGUAGAGCAGCUGCUGGAAAAGUUUGCAUCUGUGCCGCCUCCCACACCGACCCUCUCAAUCGGCGGUAUUAUUGGGGGUCAAGAGGGCGAUGACAGCCAGGCGGCAGCCUGCAAAAACACUGACAAGUCUGGUGGCUCCUUGGCUUCGAUGCUCGUAGCCGAGACUGACGUGCUUAGGACUGUCUGCCAGCAGCAGACAGAUUGGGUGCUGCGCGUGACGGAAGGCAGGCAGUCCACGGCACGUGGGGAGCGUGAGGGGGAUGAAGAACCUUCUUGGAAAGUGAAGCUUCAAGCUUGGCAGCAGCUAGAGUCUGCUCUGCGAGACUGCGCUGGUUUGUACAAAAAGAAUCCCUUCUUGCAUCAGCAGCUGCUGCCUCUGAUGCACCGCGUGCUGACUGCAGAGCCGACGCUCCCUGUGGUCGCCUGCGUCUUGAAGACUCUCCAGCUACUCGUGCAGCUGCUGCUCCAGCCGCGAGGGGUUGAGGGAGCCCAGCAGCUGCAGCAGCAGUUGCGGGCAUUGUUGCCUGACGCUUUGGGGAAGCUGAAGGUGAAUAACCGACCGGUACAGGCGGCUGCUUGCCACUGCAUUGGGACGUAUCUCGCGAGUCUCCCCAUCGACGUGGUCGUCGGAGACUUGCUUCCCGUGAAAGAGAAAGUGGCGCAUUAUCAGAAGCUGCUUCUUGACGAACUGACCAAGGCUGUGGGGCAGCAGGCGGGCAAGCCCGCCCUUCAAAAGGUCGCUGCAGUGCUGCUGACUGCAGCACGAGCAGCAGCGGAAGACGGAAACGCUUCUGUGCGCGCUGCGGGAGUCGGCCUCCUCGCUGCCGUCUCCAAGCAUGCAGAGGGCGACGCCAUAGUGGAAGACACCGUGCAAAAGCUAUCGGAGCAGAAGCGACAGCAGCUUCAGAAGGUCCUUGCUUCCUCGGGGAGUCUCUCUGUAACGGGAAACCUCUCGCAGCCUCCCGCCUCCUCUCCCCGACGUCCUCUAUCCCAAAGCGCCGCUGCGCAAGGAGUACCUUUUUCCCGCAUGCGAAGUCGGGGUAUUGCCGCAGCUGCAGCUGCUUCUGAGCGUCAAGGAGGCGCUGUGGCGGCUAGUUCAGCGAAGGCAGUUCGAAGGCAGGCGCAUAGCACCGUUCUUCCUGGCAGUGCUGGCGCGAAGCUCCCUCUCCAGCGAAGCGGCACCGCAUCCGUGUUAUCUGGAGGAUCAUCGGCAUCCGCUAGUCACGCCGCCUGCUCAGCAGCGGCACUCUGGGAAGUGCCGCAUGCAGCAGUCAGUCCUCAAGACGCCGAGAAGCACACCCGGGCAGUGCUUCCUGCGGAGCUGCUGCAAGGUCUGGAUGCGACGAUCGGGCAGGAGCGAAAGCGGGCUUACCAAGCCUUGGAGUCUUGGUGCCGCCGUGCUUGCGACUGCAGCCUCUGUAGCUCAGAAAACGGGCAAAUGGAGAUGGAGGGGAAAGCGGACGCAUGCAGACUUGAGGCCUGUCGGCGCUCUGCUGUCCACAUUCUUCUGCAUCUGCGUACAAAGUUACGAGGCUUCAGAGAACGCACUGCCGUGUUGGAGGAUGCAUGCAUAUCCUGUCUUCAGGCUAUUGUUGGGGGGCUGCUGCUGCCAGAACCAGUCUUUCUGGCGACAGCCGCUGCAGCGAAAGACUCCGCAUACAGUGGCCCUUCGAUCGUCACGCCGAGGUGUGCGACCAACGGCAAGAAAAGAUCCUUACCCCCUGUCGACAGAAGCAUUGUUAACAUCGUGCUGGAGCCACUUGGAGAUCGGCUGGGAGAUCCCCGGGUAGGCAGUGGCAUACUGACCAUUGGGCUGUUACUGUCCUUAAGCGUCAGUACACCGACAACGGUUGCUGCCCAGCUGGCGCUUAUGACAGAUGGACGGGUUGCUGGAGGGAGAUUCAUGCAAGGCGUCUGCGCGCUCCUAGAACUCCUCUUACAGCAAUGGGGCCUCCAAGCCUUCAGUCCACCGAAGCAGCUGCUGAUAUUGGUGCGGCAAAUGCUUGAGCCCAACAAGGGGCCGCGCUCUGUAGUCUUCCCCUUGCUGAAGCGUUUGCAUGCGGAGCUGGGAGACAAAGCGAUCACUGCCAUGCUCGUCGCCCACCCGCUGCCAGAUGACGUGAAGCACGCGCUGAAGCAGCAGAGGCAGCUGCAACCACAGCAGCCGCAACAAAGUGUAGAUAUCUCUGGACCUGUCUGGAGUGGCGCCUCUGCUGCUUUGACUGCUGGAGCAGCAGCCGCAGCAUCUGCAGUAGCUGCAGCUGCUGCGUGUCGCGACUCGUCUCCAAGAAGCAGCAGCACCCCUACGAAGGGCUCAGUGGCUCAGUACAUUACUUCGGAUUUAUUGCAGCGCAUGCAACAUGGGUACCAGGAAGACGUGGUGCUUAAGGCGCUGAAUGAGCUGAUGCAUAUCCUCGUUGCGAAGGCAGGAGAUCGCGCUAAACCCGAAGGGCUUAGUGGUCUUCUAGGAGCUCUGCGAAGACGCCUUGCAGACCAGAGCUCUUCAACGCGCCGCCAAGUGCUCCUGUGCUUUGUUGCCUUACACGAUCACCUGAGCAACGAAGCCUUAUCUGACCUCUUUAUCAGCUCCUCCUUUUCGCCCCCCGCGCGGUUGUACAAGCAACUGCUUACUGCGACGGCAGAGUGCCUUAGUGACUCCGACAAGAAAGUGUCUCAAGCCGCGCAUCUCGCUACGGCGAAGUGGAUGGCUGCUGUGCGUCUCCCCGAUGCCUUGGCGUUGCUUGAUCCUUUGUUCUCAUGUGGCGGUGCUGCUGCCGCACCUUCUGCCUCGCAGCGGCCUUUGUUGGGGAACCCCCUGCGGCGCGCAAAUUCAAUAGGAGGCGCGAUGCUUAUGCCUCCCCAGACGAAGGCAGCGAGGCUUCGGGAUGCUGUGUUUGCGCUUAUGGCCAUUGCCAUGCCGCUAGACCCCUCUCAGGAAGCUGCCCUCCUGCAGUCUCUUGUUCCGCAGCUUCUGGAUGCACUGCAGGAGCAGCUGCGCGGCGAGUCCGCUGCUCUCCCCACGCCAGCGAGUGCGCUGCUGUCUUUGCUGAUACACGAAGGCUGUUCGGCGGGCGCAGUUGUACAGGUGCUGCAGCAGAGACAGUCCACGCAGUGUAACGGCCCCGCGGGAGAGGCUGCUGCGCUAAAUUCGAUCCUUCUUUCCCCAGAUUCUCUCAAGCUCCUCCUCGACGCGCGCCAGGAAACGCGCCGCAUUAUCCAAUCCUCGUCGUCAUUGACAGCUCCAGGAUCGACGAAGCCGCUGCCCGAGGAACCCCUGCAUAGGCUGAAAUCCACAGAUCCUGCCUCGGAUGAUGCAUCUCAGGCAGAAAACCCGACCAUUGCGCACGACUCUCCCACCUGCAUGAAAUGCACGGAUUCCCCUGUCGAGACUUUAUCAACGCGAUCGCAACGCAUCCAGAAAAACAACGGAGCGGCCUUUGUCACUUCGCGGCGGCACCCCCAUGCUCUGAGAGAUGAUCUGCUUCACGAGCUGAAGGGACGCCUUGAUUCCAGUCUGAUUCAGGUCAUGUUUCCUCCUACCAGUGCCUCACCCUCUGCCCCUGGCAGUCGGCAAAUUCUGCCACAACUAUCGCAGCUACAGGCAGCGCACGAUGCGUGGAAGGGCCUCUUCGGCGCUGAAGGCUGUGAGUCAACCGUCUUGCCAGGCCAGCAAAGGAGAACUCCGAAGCUGAAUAAUCCCUUGCAGGGAGAUCAGAGUAUCACCGAUAUACUGCUGAAGUGGAUUGCUCUCUGCAUCGUAGAAGUGCAGCAUCAGCAGCAACGUUCUGUCCAAGCACUGGAAUCCCUUUGCGUCUUACUCCAGAUGGUUCAGCUGGUGCUGCAGCCGUAUUACAGUCUGCAUUUGGAGUUGCCGCUCUACGAGCAGCAGCAGAUUUUGCAGCAUCUGCUUGACGUCGGCUCUGCACCAGCUGCCACUGCAGGCGUCAAGGGGUCGCAGACACCUAAGCCAGUGCUGAAGCAAAUCCGCUUUCUUGUGCGAGAAACACUGCAGUUGCUGGCAGCGGUUGCGCAAGACCGACUUCGGUUCCUUUCUGCAGUUCACAGAAGUCUCAUUCGCUGCAAAAACAGGGAGCUCCUUGUUGAUUUGAUGGCGGCAAUGACACGCGCUCUGGGGCACCACGUCCACCUUCAGCUGCAGUCCAAGACAUUUCUCGUUUCAAACAGCGAGGCGUUGAGUGACUUCCUGUCCCAGCAGUGCGCAGCCCGCUUCUUUUGUCUUCUGACCGAUGCGAAAGCCUCCGAGGAGCAACGCAACAUAGCCUUUCAUUUCCUGGUGCUCUGCAACUUGGCUGUGAAAGGAGGCGCGCUGCACUUGCUGCCUUCCCUGACCCCCGAGUGCCGGGCACGACUUGUGGAAGCCACCAAACAGACUGCAGCAAGUGGUCCUUCACAGAGUUGGCUGGAAAGUCUCUCGUCGCGUUCCGCAGACGGUUGCACGAGUCCUACCCCCGAGGAGUUGGCGAGCUUGCAUCCUGUAGAGGCAGUCUUGUCUCGAUCCUCGAUGUCAGAGCCAGCAGGGUCUGACAUGCCUCCCGAAUCGACAAGUGUGGAAGCAGAAAUUUUGGACUCCUCUGCAGCAGCACUGACGAAUGCAGUGGCGCAUGCCGACGCGCUGCUACAAAUGGGGGGCGAGGAGAUGCAUCGGCAAGCGAGCGCGCUGGAGGGAUGGCUUACAGCUGCCAGAGAACUGCGAAUGCAGAGUCAGGCAUUUGACGCCGCGUUCACGUCUCUUUUUGCCGGGAUCGUGCAGCAGACGAGAAGCUUUAUACCCCGCAGUGAGCCAUCGGGAGAGUGCCCUCCUGAUGAGCACACCGUGACAACCAAAGCCUCCAUCGAGCAGCUUUGCUGCCUCACGGCUCUCAAGACUUGGUGUGCUGAGCUACAGUUGCGCUCGCUACCUCGCGCCACCUUUGGGGCCCACUGCUUGCUUUUUCUCCUUACUUCCGCAUCCCCGAAUUUUAACAGCUCAGCAGCAAUGGCAGUGACGACAGCAGCAUGGGAUGCCGCGCGAAAGGCCCGUGAAGGAGCACUUGCGGAAACGUCUGAGGCACACACACAGCCGCAACACUCCGAGCAGCCGUAUUCUCGCCGCAACGGUCGCCAGUAUAUCCAACUGACCUCUGUAGGAGACACAGUACUGAACGCUCAUCCUCUCAGUACUCGCUUCCUGCUCGAUGGAAUCACCAGAGCCCUCGACUUCUUCUUCGAGCCACAGCACUUUGAAACUUUGCACAGUGCCGGUCUAAGUUUCCAAGGCGCUGCUUCGGUUCUGCUGCUUGCCGAAGCCAUCACACGUCGCCGAAUGCAACACUACAGAACGCCUAGCACGUCUUCUUCCAAACAGAAAGGCUCGCAUAUGCUCCAUCCCUCGAUACCUGCUGACUUGAAAAAGGGCAUCCUGCCACCGCUUCAGGACAAGGAAUUGCUGCAGCGAUGCUGCAGUUGCCUCUUACACUGCAUGGGGAGAUACCAAGAUCACAUAUACAGGAGCCCGAUAGCGAUGGAUCAACGCUUUGGUGCCGUACGCUACUUGGUGACCUUUCUGCUUAAUCAAGUUUUGGGAAGGAACAUCCUCCAGGGAGAUAUCCGAGUCUUAUCGUGUAUCGCCGAAUGCUGCUUCGCACAAGCCGCUCAUGCCCUCGGUAGUUCAGCGCAAGAGGCGCAGCAUGGACGGACGGAAACCCUCUGGCGUCUGGUCAGCAAAAUCCACAAGAAAGCUGUGCCUCUACUCGAGAAGCAUGCUACAUCUGUUGUGCAGUGCAAGGAGGGAGCGUCAGAUACAGGUUUCUCCGAGGUUCAGAUGCAGCAGAAGGUUGUGCAGGCGCUGAGCAUUCUCGAACUCAUCAGUACGGUGGUAACCUCGCUAUCUCGCCUAGACGGCGCGUAUCAUGCUGCCAACCUGCGCAUAGAACAGCGCCAACAGCAGCAGGAAGCGGUGCAGUUGCAACCUGAAACGAAAGGGCAGGCGCUGGCAGCUGGGGAAGAAACAAGGGAUACAACUCUUUCAGCUCUUGAAAGGGACAAGUUGAUAUUCCUUGUAUAUGCCAAACUCUUCAUGUAUACCUUUGUCUCUUUAUGCCCAACGCUUCUCCGAAUUCAUUUGGAUGCCGCUGGAAUUACGGAGUCGGCAGAACGAGCUGCGCGUUUGGAGCGGCUGCUUCGCGGCAGCGACAUUUUGGAUAACGGCGACAGCGAAAUGGCAGCAGAUAAUGUUGUGCCUCAUGCAGAGGAGAGACGGUUCCUGCCACAAAUACGAGGAGCAGAGGAGGCAUGCAGGGGGCUACGUUCGUUCACGUGCGAGGGGAUUCCGACUGUGCCACUAGGGUAUGAUACCCAGCAGCUUUUGGCAUUUCAUCGGAAUUAUCUGGAAGAAACAGGCAAGUGCCAGUCUGAGGACUGUACGAUGCAAGUAGAUUCGCCGUCUUCCAGUUCCGAGGACGCCUGGACUGAUGUAAAGACUAAGCUCCAAGGGCGUGGGAGAGCGCUAUGUGGACUUGUCCGUCGGGGAGGCCUAGACCCCUCACCGGACCAACCAUCUGGUGGUACUGAGCGUAGUUGGCCGAGUUUGAGCGGUAACUCCAUAGAGCAGCAGCCGUACGACAGCAAUGAUGACUUCACGCUCCACCCAUUGAUGCAGAAAGUUCGACAAUGCCUCUUGUCGUCUGGCCAGCAUCGUGCCAUACUACAGCCGUGCUCCAGUGAAAAGGGUCGCCAUGGCAGCUUCGAGGGAGCAGAGCACAAGGGAGUGCGGAUGGUCCGCUUUUGCGCUGGGACUUCAGCGGCCUUGCCUCAUCAUAAACUUGCCACAUUGAGGGCAGAGACGGCAAACCCUGAUUCUGUCCCAACAGAGUGGCUUGAUUUCGCGACCGUCGCCAGCUCAUACAAGCUCGACAUCCAGACAUCUCACGCAAGCUGUCCUGCUUCCGCGGCGUAUGGUAACGCAGCUGCAGCGCGUAAUUCAGAAUCGGGUGGUUCUGCUCGACCUGGAAUGCCUGAAUGUGGUGGGGGGCAGCAAGACGAAGCACUUCGGAAUGCGGUGGCUGGUACAGGCACUGUCUGCCUCACGAGUGAAGCAAAACAAUGUACAACAGACCAGUCAAUCGCGGGUGACUACGAUCGCGCCGCUGUGAGCACACUAGCUCGAUCCAUCAAAAGACCUGCCCGACCUGGUCAGCAACGCCAGACUGUGGGCUCUGUUGGGCGGUCCAACUCGAUGCGAGAUAUGGGGGGACACUCCUGUGACUCUCCAGCCAGUCCCAAGACGGCUUCGAAGCUGCCUCAGUGCUACAAUUCCCGGCCCUCAGGGGCUUCGUGCCUCCCAAUGAGCUUGAAUGAGAGGCCUCUCCGCGGCUCAAGCCUGUCGGCAAUCAAACAGUCAUUCCUCAGGCGCUUCAGCAAGCCUGAAUCAACAAGAUGUUCGUUGCCCACCAGUUCUUCAGCACAUUAG